AUGUUGUCGGGCACUGUGUGGCGAACGCAAAUGCCGCGGCUAACCGGGAGCUCAACUAUAGCAGCUCAAGCGACGACUCCUCUCGUGGACAACGUCAUACUGAGAGCAUGUUACCGCCGGGCCGAUGCCUUGUCCCAGCAACUUCGCUCGAUUAGCGCACUUCCCAAUCGCCAGCAAUCCCUCCAAGCGCUCAAUUUUCCACCGUCCCGAAGCCGCAUCCGACUCCUCGCUGCUCAGGCUCCCCCGUCGUCGCUACUUCGACGUCAAAACCUGCAACGCAGUCAUAUUUUGGAUUCCACUCGAAGAUUCUCUCGUGGGACGUUCUUUCAUCGACAAACAGGACCCCUUUCCGAAGGUGGACCUAAGCCUGCAGAAAGCCGGCCAGAAACUCGGCCAGAAACUCAAGAUGAAGUCGAGGCUCAGGAUUUUAAGAAGAGCGACAAGGCAUCAAAGGCGGCGCAGGUCAAUCUCUCGGCAAAACUUUCGAAGGACGGCAGCACACAACAGAGCAAGGCUGGGAUGGGUGAGGUCUGGAGGCUUAUCAAAGUUGCUCGGCCCGAGCUGCGAUGGCUGGGCGUGGCCUUUGUCUUUCUCGUCAUUUCCUCCAGCGUCACGAUGUCGAUUCCCUUUUCCGUGGGUCGAAUCUUGGAUCUCGCCACCAAAGGAGACGUUGACGAUGUCCGCCUCUUUGGAUUUACAAUGAACCAGUUCUUCAUGGGGCUGGGAGCCGUCUUGACGCUGGGAGCAAUGGCCAACUUUGGACGCGUCAUCCUGCUUCGCAUUGUUGGCGAGCGGGUCGUUGCCCGGCUACGGUCUCAGUUGUAUCGCCGUACUUAUGUUCAGGACGCCGAAUUCUUCGACGCCAAUCGCGUGGGCGACCUGAUUUCACGGCUGAGCUCUGAUACCGUCAUUGUUGGCAAGUCUGUCACGCAGAACCUGAGCGACGGCCUCCGAGCCCUCUUUAGCGGUGGAGCCGGAUUCGCCAUCAUGGUGUGGACCAGCCCUCAACUCACGGGGCUUCUGCUUCUCAUGUUUCCUCCUAUUGCCAUCGGCGCCUUCUUCUACGGCCGAGCCAUCCGGAACGUGAGCAGGACGAUCCAGAAGAACUUAGGUACACUGACCAAGAUCGCGGAAGAGCGCCUUGGAAAUAUCAAAACUAGCCAAGCUUUCGUGGGCGAGGUGCAGGAGGUGAGCCGGUACAACAAGCAGAUCAGGCGGAUAUUUUGGCUCGGCAAGAAAGAGUCUCUGAUUGCUGCCACCUUCUUUGCAUCUACCGGUUGGGCUGGAAACAUGACCAUCCUGGCGAUGCUCAUCGUCGGGGGUAGCUUCGUGCGGUCAGGGUCCAUGUCACUUGGAGAGCUAACCUCAUUCAUGAUGUACACGGCGUUCGCAGGCUCCAGCCUCUUCGGUCUCUCCGGGUUUUACUCUGAACUCAUGAAGGGGGUAGGAGCAGCGAGCCGACUCUUCGAACUGCAGGACCGUCGACCGGGGAUCCAUCAGACCGUUGGCCGCCCGGUCCAAUCUGCUCAAGGCUCCAUCAGGUUCAGCGACGUUUGCUUUGCCUACCCCACUCGGCCGGCGGUCAACAUAUUCAACGGCCUCAACUUCGAAAUACCUUCGGGCAGCAACGUCUGCGUCGUUGGGCCGUCUGGCGGCGGCAAGUCGACGGUGGCCUCUCUGCUGCUGAGAUUCUACAACCCCACGUCCGGAUCCAUCACGAUUAACGGCGUUGACAUUUCGAGUAUGAAUGUCAAGUCGCUCAGGAGACGUAUCGGCAUGGUGUCGCAAGAACCAGUGCUGUUCUCGGGGACCAUUGCGGAGAAUAUCGCGUAUGGAAAGCCGACGGCGUCCCGGUUGGAGAUCAUCUCGGCGGCGAGAAGGGCCAACUGCAAUUUUAUCAGCGACCUUCCCGACGGCUUGGAGACUCAGGUCGGAGCGAGGGGGUCCCAGCUGUCCGGCGGGCAGAAGCAACGGAUCGCCAUCGCCCGAGCGCUGCUCAAGGACCCUGAUAUUCUGAUUCUCGACGAGGCGACAUCGGCACUUGACGCCGAAUCCGAGACGCUCGUGAACGAGGCUCUAGCGGGGCUGCUUCGGGGCCACAACACGACGAUAUCGAUUGCACAUCGGCUGUCGACGAUCAAGCGAUCUGAUAAAAUCAUUGUUCUCAACAGCGAGGGCAAAGUGGCCGAAAUAGGCAGCUACGUGCAGCUCGCAAGCGAUAGAGGGAGCGCCUUCAGCAAACUCAUGGAAUGGCAGAUGAGCGGAGGCGACAUUCCGGAGAAGUGGACGUCCGAAAUGCAGGCUCACAUCACCGAGGUUGACGAGUUGGAACAAGACCUGACGCAGGAGGAUGAAGGGCUAGAGAUCGAGGAUCCCGAAGCAACGGUGCUUGAGCCGUCACACGAUGAUGAGAAGCGCCCUUGA